AUGGCUCGCUUAUUCGAGCAGCAAGUUGUUCACCAGAUGAAGGCAACAUGGACUCACUAUGAGAAGACGGGCUACUUCUUCUGCCUGGAGGACCGCGCCCUGCUGUGCCGGCCCUGCGACGUCGCCGUCCACGCCGCCGGCGCCCACGUCGCAUCCCACCGGCGCUUCCUCAUCACCGGCGUCCGCGUCGGCGGCGGCGUCGUCGUGAGCCCAGCCACCAGCAGCGGCAACGGGAGCAGCAGCGCUCCCGACAGCUCCGGCAACCCGACGACCUUGCCCGACAAGGCGCGGCCAUCGUCGUCGAAGGCGCCCCGCCCCGCGUCCUCCGCCCCCGCACCUUCGUCCUCCACCCCGGCCGGCGGCUCUCGCCGCCACGCCGUCCGCCCACCAACCACCGUCGGUGCAUCCCCGCCCUCCCCUAACCUCUCUGGCGCCACGCUCCCGCCCGGGACCUGA